CACGGCCUCGUUAAUAUCAUGAGUGUCUCACAUCUGUUCGCUACACAGCCAUUACCCGGGUUUGAUAAGCUAUUUCUCUCUGUUAACAUUUGCCUGGCCAUUCGUCUUUAUCUGUAAUUUAUAAUGUUGUAAAGUAUUAUACUUUCAAUAGUUAAAGGUUGAAAUUGAGUUUUCAAUGUUCCUACACUUGGAGAUGACACUCGAAGGCAGCCGGGGCAAGUCUUCCACACAGCUGAAGUGACUGUCGAGGACAACCGAUGACACGUUUUCUGCCAAUAUAAACUGUUUUGGUCGUCUACAUACAUUUCGUGGAAAUGAUUUCCGAGCUGUCCAAUCCCUCGGUGUUGAUGAGGGACCCUCAGAAGGUGGAAGAGAUCCUCCAGUCCAUGCUGAAGGCCGGCUCCAACACUUUGCAGGUUAUCUCAGACUUUGACAUGACUUUAACAAGAUUCGCAUACAACGGGAAAAGGUGUCCCACCUGUCAUAAUAUUCUGGACAACAGCAAACUCAUCUCACAAGAAUGUAAAGACAAGUUGAAGGAGCUGUUGAACACGUACUACCCCAUCGAGAUCGACUCCUCCAGAUCGGUAGACGAGAAGCUGCCGCUCAUGGUGGAGUGGUGGACCAAAGCUCACGAGCUGCUGGUGCAGCAGAAGAUCAGGAAGGACCUGCUGGCCGUGGUGGUGAGAGAGUCGGACGCCAUGCUCAGGGAAGGCUACCAGCUGUUCUUUGACCAUCUCUACGAGCACAGCAUUCCUCUGCUCAUCUUCUCUGCUGGCAUCGGGGACAUCCUGGAGGAGGUGAUUCGCCAGGCCGGAGUCUUCCACUCCAACGUCAAGGUCUUCUCCAACUACAUGGACUUUGACGAGGAGGGAGUGCUGAAGGCCUUCAAGGGCGAGCUGAUCCACACCUACAACAAAAGGGAAGGGGCCCUGCUCAACACGGGUCAUUUCCAGGAGCUACGUGCCCGACCCAACGUCCUCCUGCUGGGAGACUCCCUGGGCGACCUGACCAUGGCGGACGGCGUGCACAACAUCGAGAACGUCCUCAAGAUUGGAUUCCUCAACGACAAGGUGGAGGAGAGGAAGCAGUCGUACUUGGACUCUUACGACGUGGUGUUGGUCAAGGACGAGACCAUGGACGUCCCCAACGCCGUCCUGCUCUACCUCACCGGCAACAAGUGACGCUGAGGCGUCACGCAAGACAAAGACACUGGACGUUCUUUGGUGCGGGAAGUUCCACGCAAAAAGUUCAAGUAGGAAUCCGCCAUGCUUGUUUUACUAAAAAAAAAAAAAAAGAGUGAUGCUGCGUACAGGGACACUCGGCAGGACCAUACGGUAAGACAUCUUUGCACUGUUCACAUGGCAUACUGUUCAGUCUUCCACAUCUUUACUACAUUCUACUACUACUACGUUCUCGUCAGUAACACGGUGCUACUAAGGUGUCUAAAACGUACUUGCGUCAUUUCAGCCUCUUAGACUCUGGCCAGUCACCUUUGUUAUACCGUUUUGUGUUUUUUUACAAGAGUUCUCUUGGCACUGUUAGUCAGUCUUUCACCAAAAUAAAACAUUUUCAGACACCA